AUGUUUCUCCUUCUUUGUAUUGCAUUAGUGAGAGGAUCAUCCACAUGCAAACCAAAGUCACAAAAAUGUAGUGACGGCUUCAAUAUAUACACAACGUCAGGAAGCACGGCAAUAUCUUCAUGUGAAAUUGUGAUGAUUGACUAUGACUUCCAAUUUACAUCUUCAUGUCUCUCAUUUUUUGACAUCACACCACUUCUUGAAAUUAAUGCCAACUCGACCCUUAAAUUGGAGCAAGGGGUAUUUACAGCUGCGGGUGGUGUACAUGUCAAAGGUGGUAUCGAACUGCGGUUAAGUGGUGUCACAAAUCCAGACCAGUUAAAGACGUUAGAGCUCGACCAAAAUUCUAAAAUAUCAUUUUUAGACAAGCUUAUCUUUAAUAAUAAUUAUGAACUACAAGAAGGGCGAACAUACAACUUUUCCAAUCAAACAACCUUUACAGAGAAUGCAACAUUAGUUGUUAAUUCAAAAUCAACUUUAUUCACUGAUAAAAUACUCUUUCAGGAAUCCAGUUGUUUCAAAAACAUAGGAAACUGCUCUGUAACAUUUAGUGGCGAUAUCAUUUUCAAUGACCAAAGUACUUUGUCAACCAAUUUGGUAUUAUGUCUCCACCAGUCAGGUAAAGGUAAAUUAAUAUUCAGAGACUACUCAAAAGCAUCAAUUUCUGGAUUUCAAUUUGACAGUUUAAUGGAUGUUAUUAUAUCAGACAACGCUUCUUUUAAUGUUUUAUCUAUGGGGAUGCUUAUUACAAUGAAUAAUAUCGUUCUCUCGGACUAUUCAACAAUGAAUUUUAUAGGAAAAAUGAGUUCAUUAUCCUUUAUGGCUGUGGGGAAUGCUGUUGUCAAUUUGUAUUCCCCUUUCUUAUUUAGUACAAAUUCCCUUUCAUUGGAUGGAUCGGCUGAUGUCUCGACACAGUCUAGCACCAUCUCACAGGCAUACAUAACGACUGAAACGGCAAGUACAACUAAAAAUAGUCGACUGAUGCUUUUAAAUUGCCAAUUUGUUACGAAAAAAUUUACGACAAGAAACACUUCAGUGGUCAAAAUGAGUUCAACGCAUUUUAUUGCCGAUGAAAUAAACCAAUAUGAUUCGAGUGAAACCAAUUUCACUAAUGACAAUAUUGUAGAAUCAACUUAUUGGUAUGCCAGAGACUCUUCAUUUGUCACUAUCGACUCCUCAAAAAAUAUCAAUUUCUAUCGUUUUCCAGAGUUGAGGGGAAAUUCCACAUUCAUUGCAACAAAUUCGUGUAUUGAAGACAAUCUUGAUAAUUCAAUGGGUUCAUUGACAAUCACUGAAAAUUCACGGUUCAUUCUGAAAAAUUCUAAUAUCACGACUAACCACUUAAUACGAUCAUACAACACACCAACUCUUCAUUUGAUAAAUUCUACAAUCUAUGCACACGACUUGGUGGGACUUUACUUGUCGUCAACACUCAUCUCCGAGUCCUCACAAAUUGUUAUUGACCCUUUUGACACUACAAGUUAUGGCGAUUCCAUAUUGUUUAUUGCUAGUGAAGUUGUGAUAAAUUUGGGAGACCAAACAAUAUGCAAAGCACCUCCUUUUGAUGUAAAAAAUGGAAGCGUUAAUAUCGAAAAGGGUGCUGUUGUGGCACAGAGUGUAUCAACAUGUGUCAACGUCAUAUUCUUCGAAUUUGAGAAUCCCACUGUUAAGUAUGACAAAAACACGUUCAUCUCGUUGUACGACAAUUUAAUAUUGCGCCGUUGCCCUUCAGUCAUUGACACGAACAUAUACUGCGAAUUAAAAUACCAACCCACUGGAGCUGAGCUUUCCGACUCAAUUUGGAGUUUCCAGUUUUGUCCAUGUCAAAAUUCGGAGAGUUCGGUGUAUGUGUAUGCAGACCCUUCACAAGUUGAUAUUGGUAAAGAGAAUAUCGAUAUUGUGUUUUAUGACAAAGAAAUAGAUGCCAUAUUACAGAGUGUUGAAAGUGAUACAAUAACUCAAACCAUUUCAGGGACAAUUCGGUACUUGUAUUUACCUAAUGGGAUUGUUGUUCAGGGUAUUACAACUGACAUGAUAAUAAUAAAUGACAAAUACACACUAAAAGUACAACGAGACGUUCCAACACUCAUUCAACAUUUUCAAAUUGGAGAGACGUCAUUUGAAAUCGACAAUUCAUUCAAUUUGGUGUUCUACUUAAAUAGUGGGUUUGAUGUCUUUAAUUUGACAAUGGCAGAGUUCUUGUCGACAACAAUGUUCAUAUCUGUAAACGGCAUUUUUGUAAAUGAAGAACUGGACCUCUGUGAAACAGUAAUGAUACAACCGGGUAGCGUCAGUUGUCUUCGUAAAAAGGUUCGUGCAUGUCCCAAUGGGUAUUACCUUUCAGGGACAUUAUGUAAAGAAUGCAUUCAAAAUUGUAAGAUAUGUACAGAGAAUAUCUGUAGUCUUUGUCAAGACAAUUAUCAAUUGGUUAACGACUCAUGUCUACCUGUCACUGAUGAAUUGUGUUUAUAUUACACCAAUGAACAUUGUACCACAUGUUCUGAGGGUGGCGUAAUCAAUGGAACAUGUGAAAAAUCUUACAGCGACCCCAAUUGUGUAUCUUUUUAUGAGGACACGUGCUUACUUUGCGACUACGUUAAUAACUAUUAUAUCAAUCGAAAUGGGUUGUGUAUUAAAACUCUACACUCUUCAAUUGUUUCAUUUGAUAGUGUCAUUUCAUGUGAAGAUGGAUAUCAUUUGGUUGGAAAUGAAUGUCGAAAGUGUGUAACUGGUUGUGCCAAAUGUGACUCUUAUAGAUGUUUUCAAUGUGCAGACACUUACACUAUGAUGAAUACGAAUAAUUGUCUGUUAUCACAUUGUUUAAAACAAGAGGGUGACAUGUGCACUGAAUGUGAAUCAGAAUAUGCAAUAACAGUUCAAGGUAGAUGCGUCUUUCAAAUCGAACAUUGUGUUGUUAUGGGGAUGUUAAAUUGUCUUCAAUGUGAACCGGGAUGGUAUUUGAUUGGGCAAAAUUGCUAUAAUACAACUACAUCUUGUAUUGAACCAACCACAUUUGGGUGUAUCUCAUGUGAGGAUGGAUAUUAUGCUACAGAGAAAUAUGUUUGCCAGCCGUGUAACAGAAUUUGCUCGACUUGUGCAUUGGGGCCUUCAUUGUGUCUGACAUGUGGAAACUCGAAUUACAAAGAUGACGCCACUGGAAGUUGUAUUUCAGACGUUGAAAUACAAGAGAAAUGCAGUAGCCAUCUACCAAAUGGGAAGUGUACAAGUUGCAAUGAUGGAUAUUAUCUGAACAAUUUGGCGUGUUUAUCCUGUGAUGUUUCGUGUAGUACUUGUGUAAUAGAAAAGAAGUGUAUCACCUGUAACUCAACAAACUACAUGAAAGAUGGGACAUGUGUUCCACAGACUUCAAUUAUUGGAUGUAACUCUACAAUUACACCAGAAAGUGGGUGCACAUCGUGUCAAGAUGGCUAUUACCUUGCAACCUCUGAUUGUGGUGUUUGUCCCAUCAAUUGCACGAUAUGUGACAAUGCAGUGUGUUGUUUAGCAUGCAAAGAGCGUUACAUUUUAAUGAGCAACAACGUCUGUAUAUUACAAGAGGACGUUCUUCAUUGUGUCACAAGUAAAAAUAGUAAAUGCACUAAAUGUGAGUUUGGAUAUGCACCAAGUAAGGAUGGCAGUUAUUGCAAUAAUCAAUAUCCAAAUUGGCUUAUUGCAGUCAUUUCAAUUUGUGUUAUACUCUUCUGUGUAUUCAUUGGUGUGAUUAUUAUGCUAAUAAUUUUCCAAGUUAUAAUGCACAGGUACAAAAAGAACCGUGAAGAGAAGUAUAAAAUAUUCUCGUUCGACAAAGAAAAGUUUAAUUUCUUUACGUUGAACAAACACAUCUCUUCAAAUAAGAAGUUGAUCACAUUUGCACACGAAUUGGAGGAGUUCGACAAAGACAGUAGUAACGAAACCCAGCCUCUUCUCCGCACCAAAACAGUGUAUGUGUCGACCAUCCCUGUUAUGAAACAAAGUAUAGAAACUCUUUGUAUUGGGAAUGAAACAUCCCACUCAUUAAAAAUGCAGUUAAUCCCCAAAAGUGACUCAGACAAACUUAAGAUCUCAAUAGAACCCAAUGUGAUAACCUUAUACAAGAACCAAGCAUGUUCUAUAAGUAUUAAAUUAACACCGUUAUGUACACACCAUAUCAUAGAAGACAUCUCCAUCAUCACUAAGUCGAUUAAAUCAGGAGAAGAAUUACAAUACUUCAUGCAUAUCGAUGUCGAGACGGAAAUUAGCACACGACUCGACUAUGAUGAUUUGAUACAAGAUAAAAAACUUGGUGAAGGUUCUUUUGGUAUUGUGUACCUUGGAAAUUACAAAGGCAACCAAGUUGCUAUCAAAAAGUUGCGGUUUGUAGAGGGAGAGGCAAUGAUCGACUUUGGGAAGGAAGUUGACAUGCUUUCCAAAUUGAAGAGCGACUACACUGUUUACUUUUAUGGUGCAUGUUUCAUAGAGAAACACGUCUGUAUGGUCACUGAAUUCGCACAAUUUGGAAGUCUGAGAGAUUACAUGAAAGUGAAUCUUCAUAACCCCAUUCUAAUGAAACUUCGUAUCAAAUUCAUGUCUGACUCGGCUAAGGGAAUUGAGUAUUUACACAACAAUGGCAUUUUACAUAGAGACAUCAAGCCGGACAAUAUUCUUGUUGUCUCAAUCGAAGAAAAUGUAUCGGUGAAUGCCAAACUGACUGACUUUGGUGCUUCAAGAAGUAUCAAUUUGUUGAUGACUGAUAUGACAUUCACUAAAGGAGUGGGGACACCCGUUUAUAUGGCACCUGAAAUUUUGGAAAGACAACACUAUAAAAUGCCAGCAGAUAUAUACUCCAUGGGAAUCGCAAUCUAUGAAAUUAUCACAUGGAAAUUCCCUUAUCAAAACAUGAGGUCGUGGGAUGUAGCAGACUUUGUAGCUUCUGGCAAACGUAUGGAUUUGUUAGAGAUCCCACAAAAAUACAGAGAGGUCAUCGAACAGUGUUGGCGACAAGACCCCACUGAAAGAUACACAUCAACACAAUUAAAGAAACAACUCAAUUAUAUUUAUGAAACAGAGUAA